AAUUACGUUAGUUCACUAGUUGUAGCCGAGCGUUUAACCUGUGUUUGUGGCGAGGGAUAUUAGUAUUCCCGUAUUUUCUCGGUUAAUUUAGCAGCGAUGACUUCAAAUAGUGCAUGGCUGAGUAGAGCUGAGGAUGUGGCAGAUCAGUUCUUGCGCCUGAGCAAGAACUAUCUGCCACAUUUAGCUCGCUUGUGCUUGGUGAGCACAUUUUUGGAAGAUGGCCUCCGCAUGUGGUUGCAGUGGUCAGAACAGCGCGAAUACAUGGACAUAUCUUGGAGCUGUGGCUACUUCAUUGCCACAUUAUUUGUCUUAAUUAAUCUCUUUGGACAGCUUGGUGGAGUUGUCAUGAUCCUGCUAAGAAAAAAAGUCGAAAUUGCUUGUGGAAUUUUGUUAGGUAUAGUUAUUCUCCAGACAAUCGCUUACCAAAUACUGUGGGACCUCCAGUUCCUGUUUCGUAACCUCUCACUCAUUGGUGGACUUGCACUGCUGGUUGCUGAAAGCAAAAAAGAAGCUCGCACCUUAUUUGCUGGGGUGCCUUCUCUUGGCGAGAACAAGCCCAAGACAUACCUCAUGCUGGGAGGGAGAAUUCUCCUUGUCUUCAUGUUCCUCACUUUAGUCAGAUUUGAAUUUUCUGUUAUGCAGAUGUUCCAGUUAUUAAUUGGAGGCAUGCUCAUGAGUCUCGUAGCUAUCGGCUUCAAGACUAAAUUGAGUUCCUUCGUGUUGGUCUUAUGGCUUAUGCUCUUCAAUGUCUACAUGAAUGCAUUCUGGACAAUCCCUGCAUACAAGCCCAUGAGGGACUUCCUGAAGUAUGACUUCUUCCAGACGCUAUCUGUGAUCGGUGGCUUAUUGAUGCUAGUGUCACUGGGCCCUGGAGGUGUUAGUAUGGAUGAGCACAAGAAGCAGUGGUAACAGAGACCUCUACACAUGCAGCUUUUCACACCAGUUCUACUCAUCUCUGAUUUCGAGUUUUAUCAGUUAAUCGAAGUGACGGUAUCUUGCAGGCAAGGCUUGCUUACAAGUGUAAAAAUGUCAGCCACUAAAACUCUUCGUUUCAUCCAGGAAACAGUUAUUUAGACUAUGCUAAUUAUUGGAUGUUAAAUUUACUACAGAAUUAUAUCAAAACUAUUUGUUCAAUUGUAAUUCGUAUUUUUUUUAAUAUAUUCAUCUUUAUUUUGUAUACUUGAAGUUAAAUCAUUUGUAAUCAACGAAAGCCGUAUGUCAACGUAUAGCUGCACUCAACAAUUACUAGAUUUGGUGGGUCUGCUACGAAAAUAACAUUUAGAUUUACUCAGCUUUGUAAUAGAUAACUUGCAUCAAUCCUACCUAUCUGAACGCACAGGACGGAGGAACUGGUCUCAUGUAGACUAAUAUAUCACAACAAACACGGCUCACGUGCUGUGUGCUACGGCUGGAAUCUUGUGCUCCGCUUUCAGGAUUCUUCUCUUGAGGUUCGUGUGCAAGAAUUGCGCAAAGGCUAUCAACAAUUUGUGCAGUCUUGUUAAUGGGCGGGAGGCUAACAUGUUCUGGAGCUACACCGCAUUUUGGAGCUUUUGGCUGUUCCUAAGUUACGGACCGUAUUUAGGAAGUUACGGACCGUAUUUAGGGACUAGCUCAAAGUUUAUAUAUAAUUUCAAAUUGUCAGGCCUAUGUGACAUCACUUCACUAUUGUAGUUUGAUAUACCUAAACAAUAAUGGAAAUACUUUGCCAUGAGCGUUGCAUAAACGUUGGUGAGUCAUGCUAUUAGUGUUAAAAGAUUAUUUUUCCCGUGAGAAUUCUCAUUUCUGGGAGGAAUUUUCUUUCUAUGUAAAUUUCACAAUCAAAUUUGUCCCGGCAAUCUCAAUAUUUUGUUGCUGCAUUUAUGAACUGAGCACAAGGUUACUGAUAUUAUGUUUCUACCUUCGUUGCAAUAAGUGAUCUGUUUUGGUGCAAAGAGGCUAUACGUGAUCUGUUUUGAUGCUGUGAGGGUAAACGCUGGCAAAGGAUGUUGGUAUUUAUUGCUGAGGUUGAUACUGCGAGCUAUGAAUUCCACUGCACUCGCUUCAAAUAUAUUUAUAAACUCUACACUCACAUUGUCACUCAAGAUCUUAUUUUUCUUCUUAAUGUGUUUGCUCCACAGAAAUCUCUUGAUUGCUGACAUUCACAUGCAACAUUUAUUUUUUCGCAGCCAUUUAGCAUCAAACUCUGGAAAAUCCUUUAUUACUCAAUAUUGAUUUACAUUAAACUGGCUCAUUACGUUCCAUUUAUAUGAAUCUCAUGUGCCGACCGCCAUGGGGAUUCUGAAUCGUUGUUCUUGUGUCUGCCUUGAAACUGACAGCAAUUCAUGCCGAUUUCAUGUGUAAUUUUCACUGUUUGCAGGUAUGUAAAACAAUUGGCAGUCUAUAGACUUUUUUCGAGUGUACACUUGAUGUGAGUAGAGUAUGUGCCCUCGCUGUCAAAACUUUAAAAAUAUCCUCCGAUUACGGACUGUAAUUAUACCAUUCCUGUGCGUUUAACAGAUCAUAGAAUUGCUGCACAUAAUUACAUAUGACGUUAUUCCUAGCAAUCAAUACCAGCUGAAAUCCCAGACUCGAAAUGACUAUUAUAUAAUGUUGAAAUAUAGCGGUGUGUUGAAUGUGUCAUCUGGGAAGCCGGAGAGGAACGUUUGUGGUAUCCGCGAUACAAUAAAAAAAAUGAGAAAAAGUGAAAACCAAGAUAUUGUCUAAGUUGUUGCUGGUCGUGUCCUUUGCGACCAUCAUGCGAUGUCCAGCUUCUUGCGUGUGCUCCUCCAUCGUCUUCCAGGGGGAUAGCGUAUGUAAGCUGUUCAUGGUUCUCUGUUGUUGCUCGCUAUUCAUUGAAUGAUGGUCCACGUACGUGUGUGGUGUUGCACGUACGUGGUUUACGAAUAUCAUGUAAACAUGUUUACAAUUGUUGUUAGCAUUUGUUGUCUUCACAUAUGUCCUUCACAAAUGCUGUAAAACAUACGUGGCUCACUUAUUCGGUUCACACAUGGGAUUCACGUGCGAUAGAUGAAGUGAAUUCUUACGAAAUUCAUACCUGACUGUUGAAUUCAGAAACAUGUCCGCUUGUCGAAUAUUAGCUAUUCGUCAUUAAGUUUGUUCUUGAUAUUCAUGAAUCUGAUGAACGUGCCUAGUGCUCGCGAAUUUGAAUAUUUAUUUUGAUGGAUUAAUAGAUAUAUUUUUUGUUUUCUUAUGUAACUAGUUGACUUCUAUAUUUUGUUCAUCUUAAUAUAUAAUAAAUUAUAUGUAGGCCAUAUUCAAUGAAAAAAAAUUAUCACGUGUUCAACAUGAUUGGAGAAUAUUCCGAUGAAUAACUUAUUAUAUUUUGAUGAAUUAUGUUUUUAUCUUUACGCAGAUUGCAGGCUCACUAAUUUUGUGUUGAAUAUUUUUGUUACAGUUCUUGCGUCAUUCCCAUUGAACGAGUUAUACUUGUGACUAAAAUCAUUAAUUUGAUUUUUAGUUUCGUAUAAAUGUGCAGUUUCCCACUUCGACAAAUUUUUAGAUGAAAUUUUUCACUCACUAAGUUUUUAUUGUUUUUAGGUGUUCUUUUGAGGCUUUGCAUUUCCUCUCUUCUGAAUGUUGAUGUCGGAAAUUCACGUGUUCUUCAUCUGAUAAGUUGUAGAGCGGUUUGUUUUAAUAGACGUUCGUUAUCAGGUCUCAGAUCUUCGUUAUGAUAAUCCGGUAUUUAGUUGUCUCUUAACGACCAGUAAUGUUAUUUCACUUCGCGAUGUGUUGACGAUUGUCAAAUUUUAAGGUGUGAACUUUUAUUAUGCGCAAUUUCAGCGCUCGCUGUCGGAUAUUUUUGGCUACUAGUAAAACGUCAUCAUGACUCUACCAUCAAAGUGAUCCUCCAAGAGCGCAUGGUUUUUUUAAUGUCUUGUGAUGAGCUUCAUCCUAAAUUGACAAAAAUUCUUGGAAUUCAUGAAAUUCAACUCAGCUCCCCUUGGCUGAGUAUGAUUUACGUGGUACGAGUCUACACAAAUAAUACUUCUUCUUGUAUUUCAAUAUUGCGACGCACGAGAGCUUCAUGUUGAAGUAUGUUCUAAUCGAUCAUCAGCGAGCGGCAUCAUGUCAAAUCACAUGGUUAGUGUAACCAACUGGACGCUGUAUACCGUGAAUUAUAGAUGAUGAAUGACAAAAUUCCUGGGCUAAUCAUCUGACGUACUUGACGAAGUUUAUGGAAUCGCUUAUUGUUCUGUCUUAGAAGAUCACAUUACAGCACAAACAGGUGUUAGCAUCAGCCGAAAAUUGAUCGUUGUUAGCGAUAGAUCAGCGUUUGUUCUGAUAAUUGAGCGCUGGAGUACUUGAGAGUAUUGCCAUAUUUCUGACAUUGUUGAGUGUGUGUUUGAUAUGGUAGUGAUGACGUCUGAAUGUUGUGGGUGGUGAAGGGUGUGCUAUUCUACGUACGACUUACCUUGGUGUUAUUUUUAUACAGUCUACCACGUAAGACCUUAGAUUAUUAAAAUCUACCUUCAGUUUUAGCGCACUCCUUUUUAUUUCGUAUUGAAUUUUACUACUGCUUGCAAAUUACAACUGCGCAUUCAUAAUUUUGGUUACAAAAUGACAUUUUAAGGAAAAAUCUGUAAAAUAAACUGAUAUUUUUC